CACUGGGUAGCACUGAAAAGAGUCUGGCACCAUCCUCUUGGCACCUGCCUUUCAGAUAUUUAUAUACAUUAAUGACAAUCCCUUCUCAGUCUCCUUUUCUCUAGACUAAACAGGCUGUGGUUCUUACACAUGGUUCUUACCCCUUUCAAGCGUUCAGUGGUUAGACCAAUGGCUACUCAACACACACAUAUACUGCUGUUUUGCAAAGCAGCAAUAUUGUGUGGCAUCGUCAUCCAUCUGCUUCUUUCUGGACCGAGACAUCCCUGCAGUUGGUCUUGCUGCCGUACCUUAUCUCUGAUGCGAGGUGAGGGGAGAGUUUCGCUGAGAUGUCAGAGGGGCUGGGAUGCUGGUCUGUUCUGGGUAGUGCAGAGCUAUCUUUUCUUCUUCAGAGUGGGGGCUGUCCUUCUCCCCCUUGCGGUGAGCUGGGGUUCUUUGGUUGUGCUGACUGAACCACAGCUAUGCAGUUUACAAUGUCAACUAUAUAUAUCUGAAGAAAGUUCAUACAACUUCAUACUCUAAAAACCAAUUGCUACAAUAGUUAGGGAAAGAGAUUUUCCUGACGGUCCCUUCUUUUCUUUUGACCAUCAGGGUCACACUGUACUAUUCACUCUUCAAGGCAUAAGUUGAGUUCAUAAGGUAGACAACACUGUGGACAUACAUCAUUACAAAGCAGAACAAGAGAGUGAAUACAACAACUCAACUCCUUUUAGUUCACAGUCAUCUGCCUAAGUCUGGGAGCCAAGAAGUUAGCCACCCAAAUAGAUUUAGUGGACAUCCCUGCCUUACUUCAUGUAAUAUUUUAAAAUGAGCCUUUAUCUUGUUUCUGUCAGUUUCAUUUUUCUGGUACUGAUUCACAUAAAACCCCCAGUCAAUAAUGCACAUAACUCUGUCCUGUAGUUCUAAAAGGUGGUCUAGAGCUAAUCAAUUCCAUAUUACCAUUUGUGAUAAUGGUGUGGUUUCUUCCUGUAGGGCUGUAAUGCUAUUUGCACUUUCAGGAAUGGCUUUUUCUAAUUGCCUUGACAUAUUUGCAAUAGCUCAUUCUAGUUUUGCAACCCCUAACUGUGGUAUAAAAGCUGUUACAGAGAGGGGCGCAUGUUUCACAUUCUGCCAGAGGGCUUUAACGCUUUUUCCUGUAGCUGUCAGUAGUUAGGAGUGACAGGGUCAGAAGAGAUACUGGUUCUAACCUGGAGCGUCUCCCAACGCUAGUGUUGCAUUCAUUACUUUCUAGUCCUCCUCUACAGAGUUCAAGCAACUGUAGAUGUGCCACAUUGGGGAAGUCCAUUCGUUUAUGGCAAUAAACAUAAAUGGUCAUUGGCUGCUUUGACUGAACUCUGUGAUUCUCUAAGAUACACUCAAACACCUCGUUAUGUCCUCUCCCUUUGCUGGCUCUGAGGCAUGGGCAUCUGAGCACCACACGGCAAAGCUGCUGCAUCCGCCUGAGCAUGUUUUGCCCUGGCUGGAUGCUGACAAGAGAGACACCAGGGAGUGACAGCCUGGGGGGUGACAGGAAGGUCACUGUGGUGACAGCCUGGGGGGUGACAGGAAGGUCACUGUGGUGACCGCCUGGGUGUGACGGGAGGAUCACUGUGUGGUGUCAGGCUGGGGUGACAGCAGGACACGAGCAGCUCAGGGUGGUGACAUGCCCAGGUCUGACGGGUCCCCCUCCUCUUGGGGGCGCUUGGACCUGCACGUGACAUGGGCCUUUUGUCAUAAUGCGCUGGGUCACACGGGUGCACUGUGCUGUUACACCAGGAUCUCUCCUGGUGAAGGCUGGGGCAGAGGUGCCUGAGUCGCCGUAGAGGUUGGUCAGGCCUGAGAGUGCUGCGUGCGAGAGAGGACACUGAGGCCAAGCCAGGGCUGCAGGGAACUCUCCUCCUCUGGGCUGUGAGGAGGACUGGGGCAGGUGCCACCAUCACGGCACAGCUCAGUUGCUGUGGGCCGCAGCCUGAUAUUGUUAAGGUGGCAAAGCCAAGGCUUCACUAGUCCGUGAUGGAGGCCUGAGGCUCUGUCAGCCGAGGCUGCCUGACAUCUCAGGGCCUGGCUGUGGCAGAGUGCUGCAGCCUCUGAACACUAUCGACCAGCACAAGCUCAGCCCGUGCUGCUCACCCCAGCCCCCUUGGUGGGCUCUGCCGUGUGCCCUCACCUUCGUGGAGGCUGCAAGGCCUCUGUCAUCUGCUGAGCUAGACACAGUCGUGGAGCAGGCACCGCCUGGCCCCGACCAUGUCCUGCAUCCACUACAAGUUCUCCUCCAAGCUGAGCUAUGAUACGGUCACUUUCAACGGCCUCCACAUCUCCCUUUGCGACCUCAAGUGCCGGAUCAUGUUCCGUGAGAAGCUGAAGGCAGCCAACUGUGAUCUGCAGAUCACCAAUGCCCAGACCAAAGAAGAAUACACAAAAGAUGCCCUGAUUCCUAGGAACUCAUUGGUAGUUGUUAAAAGAAUCCCUGUUGGAGGAGUUAAAGCUACCAGCAAAACAGAUGUUACGGCUCCUCAGUCACACAAAAUCUCAGGAGCAGCUUCUUUCAGAAGUCGAACUGAGCCAGUGAGCAGAACAUCAGAAGCAAACUUGAAUAUGUGUUUAUUUUUUGCUGAACGAAUGGAUGAUAAGUCUUCUGCAUCUGUUUCUCUGAACCAGCUUUUAAAGACUGCCAACCUGGCUGAAGCCAAUGCUUCUGAAGAAGAUAAAAUAAAAGCCAUGAUGAUACAGUCUUGCCAUGAAUAUGAUCCAGUCAAUUACGUGAAGAAGCCCUUGGGUACACCUCCACCAUCAUAUACUUGCUUUCGCUGCGGAAAACCUGGCCACUAUAGAAAGAACUGCCCAAUAAAUGGGGACAAAAAUGUUGAGUCUGUUCCCAGACUUAAAAGGAGCACAGGAAUUCCAAGGAGUUUCAUGAUAGAGGUGAAAGAUCCCAACACAAAGGGUGCAAUGCUGACAAACACUGGAAAAUAUGCAAUACCAAUUAUUAAUGCGGAAGCUUAUGCUAGAGGAAAGAGGGAAAGGCCUCCAUUUCUACCAGAGGAGCCAUCCUCCUCCUCUUCUGAUGGUCCUAUUCCAGAUGAGCUGUUAUGUCUCAUUUGUAAAGAUAUAAUGACUGAUGCAGCUAUUCUUCCCUGCUGUGGAAGCAGUUACUGUGACGAAUGUAUUAGAACAGCAUUACUGGAGUCUGAGGAACAUACAUGCCCAACGUGUCAUCAGACAGAUGUUUCUCUUGAUGCUUUAACUGCCAACCAGAACCUACGCCAGGCUGUGAACAACUUCAAAAAUGGAGCUGGCUACACAAAAAGGCUCCGUAGGCAGAUUCAGCAGCAGCAGCCGCCACCACCUCCACCACCACUCAGGACUGUUAUCCAUCCUGCUGCUUUGGUGACUGCUGCUGAACUGCCUCAAUCUUCUUCUCUGUCAAUCAGCAGUUUGUUGGAAGAGAAGGGCCGUCAAGUUCCUGUACGAAGACAACUAGCACCACCAAGUCUUCUGGGCUCCCAAGGACAAUCAAUACUCACAACUGGACCUCUGAGGAGAGACAGUACCAUCCACUCAGCAGGUGCCAGACCAGGCAGGGAACUGUAAGUAUGCUAUAGAAAUUCAAUAUAUGACUACUUGUAACAUGUGGCUUACACAACAGCUGAUUGAUAAUUAAGUAAGUAUGCUCCGAGAGUUGUGGGGAAUGUAAUUGGUAACUGAUUUUUAAAUGGCUUAAUUUGAACUGGCU